CUUGGAAAGGACUAUAACAAUGAGCUGAACUUGGACAAUGGGUCUAAGUCCCCCUCGAAGAGCAGCAGCAGCAACAGCAGCAGCAGCUUGACCCCAGAAAAUGCCCCUCCUGCUGAGGAAGACAACGCUCUAUCGCUGUUGCAAACCUUCGUCCACCUGUUGAAAUGCAAUGUUGGCACUGGGCUCCUGGGGCUUCCCCUGGCCAUAAAAAAUGCCGGCUUACUGGUUGGGCCCAUCAGCCUGCUGGCCAUCGGAAUCCUCACAGUGCACUGCAUGGUCAUCUUGCUGAACUGCGCUCACCACCUCUCUCAGAGAUUGCAGACGACUUUUGUGAACUAUGGGGAGGCCACAAUGUACAGCCUGGAAACCUGCCCCAGCCCCUGGCUGAGGUCCCAUUCGGUGUGGGGAAGGUACACUGUCAGCUUCUUAUUGAUCAUCACCCAGCUGGGCUUCUGCAGUGUUUAUUUUAUGUUUAUGGCAGACAAUUUACAACAGAUAGUAGAAGAAGUCCAUGUCACCUCCAACACCUGCCAGCCCAGGAAGUUCCUGGUGCUGACCCCCAUCCUGGACAUUCGUAUCUACAUGCUGACAAUCCUGCCCUUCCUGAUCAUGUUGGUGUUUAUCCAGAACCUCAAGGUGCUGUCUGUCUUCUCAACAAUGGCCAACAUCACCACCCUGGGGAGCAUGAUCCUGAUCUUUGAGUAUAUCAUCCAGGACAUUCCAGAUCCAAGCAACCUGCCCCUGAUGGCAAACUGGAAGACCUUCUUGCUGUUCUUUGGUACUGCCAUCUUCACAUUUGAAGGCGUUGGUAUGGUUCUGCCUCUCAAAAACCAGAUGAAGAAUCCACAGCAUUUCCCCCUUGUUCUGUACGUGGGGAUGUCCCUUGUCAUCUUUCUCUAUUCCUGCCUGGGAAUCCUGGGCUACAUGAAGUUUGGGUCAGACACUCAGGCCAGCAUCACCCUCAACUUGCCCACCUGCUGGUUGUACCAGUCGGUCAAGCUGAUGUACUCCGUGGGCAUCUUCUUCACCUACGCCCUCCAGUUCCACGUCCCAGCUGAGAUCAUCAUCCCGUUUGCCGUCUCUCAGGUGCCAGAGAACUGGGCACUGUUUGUAGACCUGUCUGUCCGCACAGCCUUGGUCUGUCUCACCUGUGUCUCAGCCAUCCUCAUCCCCCACUUGGACCUGGUCAUCUCCCUAGUGGGCUCUGUGUGCAGCAGUGCCCUGGCCCUCAUCAUCCCACCCCUCCUGGAGAUCAUCACCUUUUACUCUGAGGACAUAAGCUGUGCCACCAUUGCAAAGGACAUCAUGAUCAGCAUCCUGGGCUUUUUGGGGUGUAUUUUUGGAACAUACCAAGCCUUCUAUGAGUUGACCCAACCCAUUAACCAUUCCAUGGCCAACUCUACAGGUGUCUAUAUGCAUCAUUUUUAAUUUUUAUUCUAAUAGCUUCCCCUUCCUCCUACCCC